AUGUGUAUUUAUAAGGAAAAACAAUCACAAUCUCCGACCACUACAGUUUUAACAAUGAACUCUGAAAUUGUAGAAAACUAUAAGUGGAGUGAUAUUUAUGCCGCGUUAAAAGAAAAAAACAAAGAUUGUCAGAAUGAAAAUACUCUAAGAUUAUUUUAUUACGCGUCGCUUAUUUUUAAACAGGCUGCGAGAACCAAUGAAUCAGAUGAUUUUAUUUUUUAUAAUAAACAAGGAAAAAAAGUACAACAAAGAUUUAGAUUUAAUGAAUUGUUUAAAGAAUGCGCCGAAAAAAAUCCUACUACCGAAAGUGAACAGGGAACCACAAGUGAUAUGUAUAAUUUUGGUGUUAAGUUAAAUAAUAAAGGUAAAAAUAUUAUAAAUUUAGGUUAUGUAAGAUACGAUCUGACUAAAAAUAAUGUGUCAAAGUUUACUGAAAUAUUUAAUAGAUAUGAAAAUUUAUUUGACGUUACUGUUCAAAAACUUUUGUCUCAAAAGAUUUUAUUUCAUAAAAAUCUUAUUGCAAAUUAUUCAAUUAUUGAUGUUUUAGGCGGGUACUUUUUAUACGAAGAGUAUAAAAGACAAUAA